AUGGCUAGCUGGCUUACUUCUCCAAUUCAACUCACUGGGAGUCGCGAGUUCACCUGCGAUGGAUUCUCCGAAGAACAGUGCGCCUUCUACAAACAGCGAUGGCACUUCUGGUACAUUGCCGACUACGUUUAUGCUUUGCCAACAGUAGCCUUCUUUAUGAGCAUCCUUGGCAUCUUCAUCAUUGGCCAUGUCAUAUCUUCACAAAUUCUUGGGUAUCGCGAACUUCGAGGUCCACUGUUAUGGAGGAAGUUGAUUGCAGGCAUCCGAUAUCUCUCAUACCGUGGUAUUCGCGUGGAAGUACUGCGCUGGAACUCGGCGCCGGUAGGGCUUCUUCUAUUGGGAGCUGCUGGUGCCAUAUACUUCUUUUGUAUGGAUUUGAUUCCACAGCCUUACUACUGGCCUAGUGAGAACUAUGGUGGUUCCCCACCGCUAGGAACUAGAUCCGGGUGGAUGGCUUUGGCAUACAUGCCGUUCGUAUUUGCAACAGCAAGCAAAACGAACUGGAUCACACUUACCACUGGGGUAUCCCACGAGAAGAUUCAAGUCUUUCAUCGAUGGAGUGCUUAUGCAUUCUUCCUGCUGGCACUAAUGCAUACCUUUCCUUUUAUCGUCUAUCACAUUAGGUUCCACGACAUGGUAAUGGAAGUGACCAUGAUGAAUACGCUAUUCUACUGGACUGGUAUUGUUGCGCUCGUCUUCCAGGCUUGGCUUACUUUCGCAUCCCACAGUGUGAUUAGACACCUCGGCUAUGAAUUCUUCAAAGCAACGCACAUUUUCGCUGUUGUUGUCUUUGUAGUUGUGUUUUUCUGGCAUUGCGACUAUACCCUUACGUCCUGGCACUACUUUAUCGCAACAGCAGCGAUGUAUGUCCCUUGCUUCAUCUACCCCUGGCUCCGAACGGCUUUCGAAUACGGCUUGGCUCAAAAAGCUCAUAUUCACAUAGAAGACAAUGGCUUCAUACGCCUCACGAUCCCAGUUUCCAAGAUGAGGUGGAGACCCGGACAACACUGCUUUCUGCGUUUUACGAGCUUUGGCCUCCAGGCUUUCUCGUCUCACCCUUUCACCAUAUGCUCGCUACCAGCGAUACAAUCAAACGAGACAUCUGAGCUCGUGUUUUACAUCCGCCGUUCGCACGGUUUGACGAAGAAGCUGUACGAGCAUGCACAGAAGCAUCCCGGUACUGCCGUACCGAUACUAGUCGAUGGUCCGUACGGAGGCAUAAACAUGCAAAGGUUCAACGAGGCAGAUCGUCUGCUUGUUGUCGCAGGUGGAUCGGGAGCAGGUUGGAUAUUGCCCAUGAUCGAGCUGUUCUGCAGACAAAACGGCAGCAGAGUCGAUGGACGCGGUGAAAAAGACCUGGAAGCCGGGGCCAAGGAAAUGCAGCCCAAUCCAGACCAGCACUGUCGCAGCUUGUGUGUCGUUUUAGCAACACGCGACAUCGAUAGCCGCACGUGGUUUUUGGACACUACAGCAAAGUUACUAGCUAAACUUCAGUCACGGCAGCAGUCUUCCAACAUCAGCAUCGAAGUCCACUUAACCGGAGAGGCCGAACAGAACGCCACGCUCUCAACGCAUAUAGAUAGCACAAUAACUCAAAGCGCAUCCUCUUCAUCCUCAGACGACAUCGAAGCCAGCCCCAAAGACGACCACGUCGCCGCACGAAGCAAAGAACUCCGUGGCCGACCCAACCUACAUCUGAUGAUUCACCGAGAGGGUAUUGUUGCGGCAGAGGAAAAUCGUUCACUUGGUGUGUACGUUUGCGGGCCGACGACUAUGCAGAACGAAGUACGGAAUGCCGUUGCGAAAGAGAAUCUCAGUAUUAUCAAGGGUUCCAGGUCCAGCGGUGUGUAUCUGCACUCCGAGCAUUUUUCAUGGGCUUGA